AUGGGUAGGGCUAGAGCUAAAGCUAAGACCAACUGUAGUUCUAGGGUUUAAGCUAGGGUUUAAACAAGGGGGUGGGACUAAAGCUAUUUCUAGGGUUAAGUUUUGGAUUGAAGCUAGGGCUAUUUAUAGAGCUAGAGCUAGAGCUAGUGCUAGAGCUAGUGCUAGAGCUAGAGCUAGAGCUAGAGCUAGAGCUAGAGCUAGAGCUAGCGCUAGAGCUAGUGCUAGAGCUAGAGCUAGUGCUAGAGCUAGAGCUAGAGCUAGAGCUAGAGCUAGAGCUAGAGCUAGAGCUAGAGCUAGAGCUAGAGCUAGAGCUAGAGCUAGAGCUAGAGCUAGAGCUAGAGCUAGCGCUAGAGCUAGUGCUAGAGCUAGAGCUAGUGCUAGAGCUAGAGCUAGAGCUAGAGCUAGAGCUAGAGCUAGAGCUAGAGCUAGAGCUAGCGCUAGAGCUAGUGCUAGAGCUAGAGCUAGUGCUAGAGCUAGAGCUAGAGCUAGAGCUAGAGCUAGAGCUAGAGCUAGAGCUAGAGCUAGAGCUAGAGCUAGAGCUAGAACUAGAGCUAGAGCUAGGGCCAGGGCUAUGCCUAGAGCUGUAG